GCACGACGACGCGACAAAGCGGCGAGACGGAAUCACAAAUCGCCUCUCCGUCAUUCCCUCGUCUUUCUCCUCCCACCAUCCCGUCUCCCUUUCCCCCCCACGGCGGGCCGCGGGGGCUCGUCGGUCGAUCCUUCGUGCAGCUCUCCUCCACGCCUGCGCCGCCUCGUGCUCCUCCCUCCCGGUCACCAGCCGCGCGCCGCCCUUUCUCAGGAAUAGGAGGAGGAAGAACCAAAGGAUUACAUUGAUAUGUUGAGACGGUGGUUCUGCUGCACCCAGUUUCACGCGCCAUAUCGUGAACACGAAAAUGAAUUUCCUGAUAUCCCAGAUGAGAAAGAAGGAAAUGGUUUUGCUCCCAAAAGUGAUGAUCCCACAAAAGCACCUCCUCCCAUUAAAGUACCGGAAUUAUCAUUUGAUGAACUGAAAGAAAAGACCGAUAAUUUUGGCUCAAAGGCUUUAGUUGGUGAAGGAUCAUAUGGAAGAGUGUAUUAUGCUACUCUGGACAAUGGAAACCAUGUUGCUGUUAAAAAGCUUGACGCUUCGACAGAACCUGAGCUUGAUAAUGAGUUUUUGACACAGGUAUCCAUUGUGUCAAGAUUAAAGCAUGAAAAUUUUGUGGAAAUGCUUGGUUAUUGUCUGGAAGGGAAUCAGCGUCUAGUGGCCUACGAAUUUGCUACAAUGGGUUCUCUGCAUGAUAUUUUGCAUGGAAGAAAGGGUGUCCCUGGUGCACAGCCUGGCCCAGCACUUGACUGGAUGCAGCGAGUGAAAAUUGCUAUUGAUGCUGCUAAAGGGUUAGAAUAUCUUCAUGAGAAGGUCCAACCUUCUAUAGUCCAUCGGGACAUACGAUCUAGCAAUGUUCUUAUAUUUGAGGAUUACAAGGCAAAAAUUGCAGAUUUCAAUCUUUCAAACCAGUCUCCUGAUAUGGCCGCUCGUUUGCACUCGACUCGUGUCCUUGGAACCUUCGGCUAUCAUGCUCCUGAGUAUGCCAUGACUGGCCAGUUGACUCAGAAAAGUGAUGUAUAUAGUUUUGGAGUUGUUCUUCUAGAGCUUCUAACAGGAAGGAAACCAGUAGAUCACACAAUGCCUAGGGGUCAGCAGAGUCUAGUUACAUGGGCAACACCUCGUUUGACAGAGGACACAGUGAAACAAUGUGUUGACCCAAGAUUGAAGGGCGAGUAUCCCCCAAAAGGGGUUGCCAAGCUCGCAGCGGUGGCGGCACUCUGUGUGCAAUACGAGUCUGAGUUUAGACCAAGCAUGAGCAUUGUCGUCAAGGCACUCUCCCCUCUUCUCCAGCAUAAACCGCCACCGCCACCAGUCGUUGCUCCUGAGUCCUGAACUCCUGAACUCCUGAUACAACUGCUUCAGAUGUUUGACUUCCUCCGAGGUUCAACAUGGAUGUAAAGAGAUGAUAUUUCCUCAUCGGUGCCCUGUCACUACUGUUUGAUGCUUGCCAGUUGGUUACCGUGCCGUUGAGUUCUCGUCUUGUGGGCUUUACAUAGAUUUUGGUAUUUACA